AGAUGGAUGGUGGUGUUCUGUUCUCCCAAAUGCACCCUGGACUUGGGGCACUGACUGGACUAGGGGUCUUGUUGCAGAGAUGAAGCUGCUCCUGGCCCUGGCAGGGCUCGUGGCCAUUCUGGCCAUGCCCCCACCCUGUGAGGGUGCCGCUCCAGCUGUCCUGAGGGAGGUGGAGACCUCAGUGGUGAUGACCUGCAUGGAGGAGGCCAAACGGCUAGUGGACAAGGCUUACAAGGAGCGGCGGGAAAGCAUCAAGCAGCGCCUUCGUGACGGCUUGGCCAGUCCCAUGGAACUCCUGUCCUACUUCAAGCAGCCAGUGGCUGCCACCAGGACGGCUGUGAGGGCUGCAGACUAUCUGCACGUGGCCCUAAACCUGCUGGAGGGGAAGCUGCGGCCGCUGUGGCCGAGGCCCUUCAAUGUCACUGACGUGCUGACGCCGUCCCAGCUGACCCUGCUCUGGAAGUCCAGCGGCUGCGCCUACCAGGAUGUGAGGAUGACGUGCCCCGAGACGGACAAGUACCGCACCAUCACCGGGAAGUGCAACAACAGACGCAGCCCCACGCUGGGGGCCUCUAACCGCCCCUUUGUGCGCUGGCUGCCGGCAGAGUACGAAGAUGGCUUCUCGCUGCCCUACGGCUGGACGCCCGGGGUCAAGCGCGGCGGCUUUCCUGUGCCCCUGACUCGCGCAGUCUCCAACGAGAUCGUGCGCUUCCCCACGGAGCAGCUGACCCCGGACCCACAGCGCUCGCUCCUGUUCAUGCAGUGGGGCCAGCUGCUGGACCACGACCUCGACUUCACCCCCGAGCCGGCCGCCCGAGUCUCCUUCGUCACUGGUCUCAACUGCGAGACCAGCUGCCUGCAGCAGCCGCCCUGCUUCCCGCUCAAGAUCCCACCCAAUGACCCCCGAAUCAAGAACCAACGUGACUGCAUCCCCUUCUUCCGUUCCUGCCCAGCCUGCCCCGGGAGCAACAUCACCAUCCGCAACCAGAUCAACGCACUCACCUCCUUUGUGGAUGCCAGCAUGGUGUAUGGCAGUGAGGAUCCCUUGGCUAGGGACCUGCGCAACCUGACCAAUCAGCUGGGGCUGCUGAAAGUCAAUGACCGCUUCAGGGACAAUGGCCGGGCCCUGCUGCCCUUCGACAACUUGCAUGAUGACCCCUGCCUCCUCACCAACCGAUCCGUGCGCAUCCCCUGCUUCCUGGCAGGGGACUCUCGUUCAAGUGAGAUGCCCGAGCUCACCUCCAUGCACACCCUCCUUGUGCGGGAGCACAACCGGCUGGCCACACAGCUCAAGUUCCUGAAUCCCUGCUGGAAUGGAGAGCGGCUCUACCAGGAAGCCCGGAAGAUCGUGGGUGCCAUGGUCCAGAUCAUCACUUACCGGGACUACUUGCCCCUGGUGCUGGGGCAAGAGGCCAUGAGGAAAUACCUACCCCAGUACGUCCGCUACAAUGACUCGGUGGACCCUCGCAUCUCCAACGUCUUCACCAAUGCCUUCCGCUAUGGUCACACCCUCAUCCAGCCCUUCAUGUUCCGCCUGGACAAUCGGUACCAGCUCAUCAGCCGUGUCCCGCUUAGUGAGGUCUUUUUUGCCACCUGGAGGGUUGUGCUGGAAGGUGGCAUUGACCCCAUCCUCCGGGGCCUUAUGGCCACCCCUGCCAAGCUGAAUCGCCAGAAUGCAAUUGUGGUGGAUGAGCUCCGGGAUCGGUUGUUCAAGCAGGUCAUGAGGAUUGGGCUGGACCUGCCGGCUCUGAACAUGCAGCGCAGCCGGGACCACGGCCUCCCGGGGUACAAUGCCUGGAGGCGCUUCUGUGGGCUCCCGCAGCCCAACACAGUGGGUGAGCUGGGCACCGUGCUAAAGAACCUGACCCUGGCACAGAAGCUGAUGGACCUGUAUGGCACACCCAACAACAUUGACAUCUGGAUGGGAGGCGUGGCUGAGCCCCUGCAGCCCAACGGCCGUGUGGGCCCACUCCUCGCCUGCCUCAUUGGGACCCAGUUCAGGAAGCUCCGGGAUGGUGACAGGUUUUGGUGGGAGAACAAUGGAGUGUUCAGCAUGCAGCAGCGGCAGGCCCUGGCCAAGAUCUCCCUGCCCCGCAUCAUCUGUGACAACACUGGCAUCACUACGGUGUCCAAGAACAACAUCUUCAUGUCUAACACGUUCCCUCGGGACUUUGUCAACUGCAGUACGCUCCCUGUGUUGGACCUGGCCUCCUGGAGGGAGCAGGCCUAGGGGCUGGGUAAGGGGAUGCAGCGUGCAGGGUAAGCAUGCCUGGGCUGGCCAGUUAGGACCACAGAGAUCUCCCUUCUGCAAGGCAGAGCUCAUCCCUGUUCUAGGUGUCAGCCAAGAGUGAUUAGACAUGCAUUUGUGUGUGAGUGUGUGUGUGAUGUAUAUAAAUUGGCAUUUCACAUGUGUGUUGUCUGUGACAUGGUAGUGUUUUGUGUGCUGUGUAUGUGCAUGGUUUAUGGAAGUGUGUGCUUGCUGUUUAUGUGAGUAUUAGAUAUAUGGAAAGCAGCAUAUAUAUGGUGAAGGGUGCAAGCUCAGGCACCAGACUGCCUAGGUUCAAAUCCUGGCUCUUUGGCUUACUGGCUGUGUGACCUUGGGCAAGUGACUCAACCUUGCUAAGCCUGGGUUUUCUUUCUUGUAAAUAACAGCUGUUAUGGCUGCUUAGAGGGCCUGUUUGCAUCCUCUAGUUCUCCAUUUA